AUGAAGUCGUCGCAGCUGGUGCUCUGGGUGGGGCUGCUCGCGCUCCUCUCUUGCGCCUCCAUCUGGCUCCUGGCACCGAGGCUCGCCUGGUCCUCAUUGCCAGCGCCGCCUGUUCCGCCGCGCCUCAUCCUGGUGACGCCCACGUACCCGCGCGCGUUCCAGGCGGCGUACCUCACGGAGCUCACUCACACGCUGCGCCUCGUGCCGCCGCCACACACGUGGAUCGUCGUGGAGAGCGGGAACAAGACGGAGGAAACGGCCCUGCUGCUAGAGCGGACGGCAGGCUUCUGCGCAGCAGUGGAGGGAAGCGGGUGUCGGAAGCUCGAGUAUGUUCAUAUCGCCACCAGGAAUGACGAGGACCAGCGGUGGUUCCGCGGCGUGGGGCAGCGCAACCUGGCCCUGGAGUAUAUAGAGAGGGAGAAUCUGGAGGGGAUUGUGUACUUUAUGGACGAUGACAACUCGUACGCGCUGCAGCUGUUUGAGGAGCUGAGGAAGAUUCGGCGCAUCGGGCUGCUGCCGGUGGGGUUCCUGUUUGGCAAGGACAGCCCCAUGCGCUCGUAUGUCGGCCGCCCGGUGGUGCGCGUGCCAUUGAAAGGGGACAGAGGGGCAUCAACCGCGAAAGCUAGAGCCCCUGGUGGUGGCGGUGGCAGUGGAUACGAGGGCGGGGAGAUGGAGCAGGUGACAAGGGCGCGGAUUGUGGGGUGGGAGGCGUAUAGCCGGCGCGUCCCCCUGCAGAGAGACCCCGAGGCACGGCGAUACAUCAUGGACAUGGCUGGGUUUGCUUUCAGCACGGAAGCUCUUCGCAAUGGUACGGUCCAGGGGAAGAAGCAGCCCAUUCGCUUCCGGCCUUCAAAACGCGGGUUCCUCGAGACUGACUUCCUAGAGCAGCUGGUGACACAAGAGGACGAAUUCGAGGUGCUGGCAGAUGGGUGCAGAGCGGUGUGGGUGUGGCACAAGCACAUGGAGGACCUCUCCUGGACCACGUACCCCGCGGAUUGGAAGCCUGAGCAGAGCAACUACCGCAUUCCCACGUAUGACUGGGUGAAGAAUGACACCAGUCACGAGGCUCGAGCUGGGCUGAUCGGGAGGAUUGCUCGCGUGGUGAAUGUUACAUUACCACCGAGUUUUGGGGAGAUAAAAAGGGAGGAGGCUGUGCAGGAGGGACGGGUGGGGGUGGCGAAUGGGCAGAAGGCAGUUUUGAGACGCAACAUGGGAAUAGCAUCAAGGGGGGAGGGGAGGAACAAGAUGCGUGGAGAACGGGAGGAUGGAACAAAAAUGGUUCAACAACGCGUUCCGUCCGAGAUCUGGCUGUCCAACGGAUCGAUCUUUAAGUAUAUAGAUCACGUUCGAACACAAAACGUCACUGCGUGCAUGGCGAUAGCUAACAUUGUCAAGAGCUCGCUGGGCCCUGUGGGACUGGAUAAGAUGCUGGUGGACGACAUUGGUGACAUCACCAUCACAAACGACGGAGCUACAAUUCUGAAGCAGCUGGAAGUGGAGCAUCCUGCCGCCAAGGUGCUGGUGGAUCUGGCAGAGCUGCAGGACAGGGAGGUGGGAGACGGCACAACUUCAGUCGUCAUCAUUGCUGCCGAGCUGCUCAAGAGGGCAGACGACCUAGUGCGCAACCGCAUCCACCCAACGUCCAUCAUCAGCGGAUACCGACUGGCGAUGAGGGAGGCGUGCAAGUAUGUGGACGGCAAGCUGGCAGUCAAGGUGGAGAAGCUAGGCAAGGCGACGCUGCUGAACGCGGCCAAGACGAGCAUGGCCUCAAAGAUUGUUGACAUGGACAGCGAGUUCUUUGGCAAGAUGGUUGUGGACGCGGUACAAGCGGUGAAGACCACGAAUGAGAAGGGCGAAGUCAGAUAUCCCAUCAAGGCCAUCAACAUUCUCAAGGCACACGGCAAGAGCGCAAGGGACAGUGCGCUCAUCAACGGCUACGCGCUCAACACCACGCGUGCAGCACAGGGCAUGCCCCGCCGCGUGGGGCCUGCUCGCAUUGCGUGCCUGGACUUCAAUUUGCAGCGCACUCGCAUGCAGAUGGGCGUGCAGGUGCUGGUGACUGAUCCGAAGGAGUUGGACAAAAUCAGGGAAAGGGAGUCGGACAUCACGAAGGAGCGCAUACAGAAGAUGCUCAAGGCGGGCGCAAAUGUCAUUCUCACCACCAAGGGCAUCGAUGACAUGUCGCUCAAGUAUUUCGUGGAGGCAGGAGCUAUUGCAGUGCGGCGGGUGAAGAAGGACGAUUUGAGGCACAUCGCCAAGGCGUCUGGUGCCACCAUGAUGCUCACAUUUGCGGAUAUGGAAGGAGGAGAAACUUUUGAUGCGUCCAUGCUGGGGCAAGCAGAGGAGGUGUACGAGGAGCGGGUUGCGGAUGACAACAUCCUCAUCUUCAAGGGCUUUAAGGCCGCCAAAGCGGCCACACUCCUCCUCCGAGGAGCCAACGACUACAUGUUGGACGAGAUGGAUCGCUCCCUCCACGAUGCCAUCUGCAUUGUCAAGCGCACACUCGAGUCCAACUCCGUGGUUGCUGGAGGAGGCGCCGUGGAGGCGGCGCUGUCAGUGCACCUGGAGAACCUCGCCACAACUCUUGGGUCCCGGGAGCAGCUGGCUAUAGCCGAGUUUGCAGAAGCUCUCCUCGUCAUUCCCAAGGUGCUCGCGGUGAAUGCGGCCAAGGACGCCACGGACCUGGUAGCCAAGCUGAGGGCGUACCAUCACAUGUCUCAGACAAAAGGCGACAAGCAGCACUUGGCAGAGUACGGUUUAGAUCUGGUGAAUGGUGUGUUGAGGAACAAUGUGGAGGCAGGCGUGCUGGAGCCAGCAAUGAGCAAAACCAAGAUCCUGCAGUUCGCCACUGAAGCCGCCAUCACCAUCUUGAGGAUCGACGACAUGAUCCGGCUGGCCAAGGCCCAAGACGGGCCUGAGGAGUAG